AAGCUAAGGAUAAGCUACAGCCAGUCCUUCCUUCCACCAAUCUGUCAUUCAAACAUGUAAUUCUGCCAGACAUGCCAUAUGAGGACAAUUCUUUUGAUGCUGCCAUGAUAAAUUUGAAGCAUCAACAAAGUUGAAGAACCAUUUUCUCAUGAAACACUCAUUCUUUGUCCUCACAUUUACCAGUUCUCCUGCCGUACAGGUUGGGUAUGACAUGGAAAAUGUUAAAGAAUCAGGAACUAAGCAAGUACACUGCCCUCACUGCAAAUACAGCACAGACCGGAAGAACAAUAUGAAACGUCACAUUGUGACCAUGCACCAAGACUCUUCCAAACUUCUGGAAUGCUGCGACAUUGUUUUCAAAUCCAAAGCUCUGCUUCGCGAGCACGUGAAUGUGUACCAUAGAUCGGGAUAUUCCUGCAGCAUCUGCAAUCGCAAUUUCUGUCGGAAAGCUCUCCUUCGUCGACAUCUUUCAGUUCAUAACGGUCAAAAGGACUUCCACUGUUCUUCGUGUUCCUACGCAACAAGUCAUAAAAGUAACUUGGAAAGACACCAGCGGAUUCACGCCAGAAGAAAUAGUGCUUCCGAGUCUACGGAAGAGAAGGAGUUCUCCGAUUCAGAGAGUGCUACAUCUAGAAAUACAAACACUAUUCCCAAACAGCAGCGCCACAACCAGUUUGUGAAAAGCAAAACGCAUACAAAAAUUGUUGCGAAAUACGAAAACAUGGUAAAUCGAAACGAACUAUUUUCAAAAAACACUUCUAGAAAAAAAGAACAUACCAAAGAACAGUCUUACGUGAAAACCCAAGCGCACGAUGAUAAUAUGAAUAAAGUCAACAUAGAGGGUGUAAAACAAGAAACGGAGCGCGUACAGACUUCCGCUAAGAGACUGGUGUCCAGACCUUAUAAAUGUAGCUUAUGUAAUCAUUGUUUUACCUGUCAGAAACAACAACAGGUGCAUAGCUGCACCUAUAUACAGGAAAAUAUUCCUAAUGUCCCGAUUACGUGCCUGAUUUCGAAAGGUAUCCCUCCUGAAGAAAAAUAUUACCUGUAAUUCAAGUGUUAUAAAAACUGUAUAAUUAAAAAUGCAUCAUGUACUUUGACAUUUUCAGGAUAAAUGGAUAAAGGGAUAAAUGUACUUUUUGUAUAUUUCGUUCGUCAGCAUCAGUUAUCAUGGAAUAUUACAAAAAAUUAAGUGAAUCCUGAAUGCUCUCAAUUACUGUUACGAAUAACUCAUCAUCUUUUCAUUGUCUUUUGAAUUUACAAAACAUUAGUUAUAGAUAAACUGAUGCAAGUUUGUUAUGUUUUAUGUGUGCAUUUAUUAUUUUCAUAAUUAAAGCUACACAGUGGUUUUUUUUGGUGACCGUCACUCUUUAAAUAUGAAUUGUUGCCUAAAAACCCUCUACUUUUUUACGCUGGUAUUUUUCAAACAAUUAAAGCAUCAUUACAAUUGGUUACUAUUUCUUUUAAGAGGGCUGGAUAGUCAUGCUCAUUUAUGGACUAUAUUUAUCUCCUUUGGACGAAGAGCUCUGUAUAAAGAUACAUUAAAUAUUAAAAUUUUAAAACUAAAAUGUUUGGACUUUUUCUUUACUAAAUGACAUUCUAUGACCAAAAUCAUCAUGUUUAAAAGUUUGAGGAAGAAUUCUUUGUUGACCUUCUAACCUCCGCGAGAAACAAUACAUCAUUUACGAUAGCAAGUAUUUAGAAAGGAAAUGUUUGUUUCUUUAUUGCAGGGGGCGUUCUGUUAUGUAUAAUUGAGAUUUUAUC